AUGUCUUCUGAGGCUUCAUUAGAGCGACAUGAGAGGCCUAGUUUUCUUCGCCGAGUUGGAACAAGUUGUAUGAAAGCCGCAUUUUCACAAGUGGGAUUGGUUGUCUUAGUGAUAAUAUACGUACUGCUUGGUGCUUUGCUGUUCGAGUACCUGGAGUCAGGACCCAAUUUGGAGAAGCGGUCGGCGAUUCAGCGUUCGAGGGACGAGUGCCUUAAGGAGUUGUGGGCAAUUACAGGCAGUGCGAAGGACAGAGGUUUCUAUUAUCAAAUUAUUGAGGAUAGUAAUUAA